AUCAGAGUUAAAAUGGCAAGUUGUAGUGUAAUAUGUGCUGUAGUACUAAUCACAGUAGUUUUGUGCGGCAUUUUGUUCGGCUCGGGCGUUUAUUAUGGAGAUGCUGUUUUAGGGGACAAGAGCGAAUGUAGGCUUAUGCCUAUUGCUUGUAACUUUAGCGAAUGGAAUGAGUGGUCACACUGCUCGCAGGAAUGCGGACCAGAUGGGACGCAGUUUCGGGUCCGUAAUGUCAUUCAGGCAAAUGAAUGCGGACCGGUCGUGUGCACCGAGCCUUCUUCUCAAGAACGACCAUGUAACCGCGUGUGUUAUAACGGAGGGAGUCUCUCGCAGGCGGGAUGUAACUGUCGAGGCGAUUAUAGUGGUCGAUGUUGCGAAUGUGAGCACACCGGAUGUAAACUAACCCAGUGGGGUGUGUGGUCACAUUGUUCACAAGAAUGCGGGCCAGAUGGAACUCAAUUUAGGGUCCGUAAUGUCUUUCAGUCAACUGGAUGCGGACCGGUCGUGUGCACCGAUCCAACUUCAGAGGAACGGCCAUGUAACCGCGUGUGUUACAACGGAGGGAGUCUCACACAGACAGGAUGUAACUGUCAACCGGAGUAUGGUGGUCCAUGUUGUCAAUGUCAGAAUGUAGACUGUAAAUUUAGCCAAUGGAAUGAGUGGUCUCAUUGUUCGCAAGAAUGCGGACCAGACGGAACACAGUUUAGGGUCCGUGAUGUCAUUCAGGCUACUGGAUGUGGACCAGUUGUGUGCACAGAGACAACUUCCGAAGACAGACCAUGUAACCGAGUGUGUUAUAACGGAGGGAGUCUCUCGCAGGCAGGAUGUGACUGUAAGGUCGAGUAUAGUGGCCAGUGUUGUGGGUGUAAGGACAUCGACUGCAAAAUAAGCCAGUGGACUAAGUGGUCGUCUUGUGAAAAUGCUACAAGUCGUGUAAGAUCGCGUGAUAUUUUAAGAGUUUCUGAGUGCGCAGGCAUUGAAUGCAAGGGACCGUAUACAGAAGAACAAGCAUGUUCCUGUCUCUUAUACACAUCUAGAUGUGUAUAA